CAGAAAUCCAGGUGUAGAGCUGGGACUCGCUCCACUCUCCGCAGCACCUUGUCUCCACUCCCCACUGAUUUUCAGGCAACAAAGUGAGAACAAUCUGCUGUUCCAGCCUUAGGCUGGAUGAUGUAGCUUGUAGACGUGUGCAAUGCCAUCUGCGGGGAUCAUUUGGGCCUGGGCCAUGACGGCCUUGGCUGUUAUGUGUGAAAGAACCUGUGCUCUGCGACUCUGCCCCCCAAACUGCAGCUGUCCUGGUCCUAAGGAGCUACACUGCACUUUCCGUCACCUCACCUCAAUACCACAUGGCCUUCCUCCUGACAGCGAACGCAUUAACCUAGGGUACAACAGCAUUCAGACAGUGAGGCCAUCUGAGCUGAGAAGACUGCACAAUCUAGAAAUAUUGAUGCUGCAUGGAAACAGCAUUGAGUCUGUGUCAGAUGGCGCCUUCCAGGAGCUGCACUCUCUGCAGGUACUGAAGCUUAGCUACAAUAAACUCAAGGUCAUCACCCCCAAAACUUUCCAAGGAUUGUUCAGCCUGGUUCGUCUGCACUUGGAUCACAAUGCUCUCGAGUUCAUUGAGCCCUUCUCUUUUCAAGGGCUCACCGCUCUCCGCCUGCUGCAGCUGGAUGGAAAUCUUCUCAAGGAAGUGCACCCCCACACCUUUGUCACACUCUCUUUCCUUGGAAACUUCUUUGGCUCCAGCCUACGGCACAUCUACCUCUCCAAUAACCAGUUGCAUUCUAUGUUGCCCGAAACCCUGAGGUAUAUAAAGGCAUUAGAAGUGUUGCAUUUAUAUGGAAACCCUUGGAACUGUGAUUGUCAGCUACAGUGGUUGGCAGAAUGGAACAAGAAGUCACCAGGUGUUUUCAAAUGUAAAAAGGAGAAAGAAUCAGACAGUGGUGACUUCUGCACACUCUGCACUUCCCCACAAGCUCUCAAUGGGAGCCAAAUCUUCCAGCUUUCACUGCAUGAGUUCUUGUGUGAAAAGCCAGUCAUUUACUCCCCCCUCAAACAGAGAGAUGGUCCUUCCUGGGAGGAACAAUAUGGUGGAGCUUUGCUAGUACAAGAAUAUCAGCCACCUCUUGGAUGGCUGUCUAUGAGCUUAUCAGACAACCAGGAGAAUACAGCUAAUGUGGUCUGCAACGUCAAGCUUCAGGAAGAAGGAACAUCGAUGCAAUGGCACCACUUAACCACUCAAGGGGCUCUGGCAAUCUCUGUCAAUAUUUCAGCCUUACUAGAAUGUGAGAUUGAGAAGGAGGAACUUCAAAAACUCUGGAGAUUAAUUGCAUAUUAUUAUGAGAGUCCAGCUAUUCUUCAACAAGGCUCGGAUAUAAACAUAGCAAAUAAAACCACAUACCGCUAUUCACAGAUUCAAGGUGAAGACACCCCAUACUUUACUGAGCUCAAAGGACACCUACAAGCAGAUCCAACCUGGCUCUUACAGCCCAGUGUCAGUAUCCAGUUAAACAGGAGGAAAACCACAACUAGCAAGCUUGUCCUAAAUUUCACCACUGAAGUUCAGCAGAAUCUGACCAAAAGUGAAAUCAGUAAUGCCAUAGUGAGGCCAGCCUGGGUCCUGAUUCGUAGAUGGGUUGAGGAGAGAGUGAAGGUAGUUUUAGAAGGAUCUGAGGUCAGCAUGCAGUGUGAAGUGAUUAGCUCUGAGGAACCAAAAUUUGAGUGGAUUCUUCCCGAUAUGUCCCGAGCAAAUCAAUCUCAUGAGCACUUUUUGGUGUCUCAAAAUGGAAAUUUAGUGAUAAAAAACACAGACACAUCCGAUGCUGGAAUUUACUAUUGCCUUGCAAGAACUGAGAAUGAAGCAGAUUUGGUAUCCUUCCGAUUAAUUGUAAGAGAGUUGAUGGCUACACCAGAGGAGGCAAAUGGAAAAGAAAUCUUUUUGCAGACUGGUAAAACACUAUCUCUUCCAUGUUCCACUUCCUCAGUUUUCCCCACCAAGGUACGAUGGUUUAUCCCACAAAACAAAAUUCUUUUGCCAUCAGUCUCUGGUGUUGGAAAAUAUGUAUCCUCAAAUGGAACUCUCAUGAUUACAAAGACUACCAAAGCAGAUGUUGGGCAGUAUAUUUGCAUAGCUGCUAAUCUUUAUGGUAGUGACAUACUUAUGCAUAUAACAAAGAUUAAUGAACUUUCUAGUUUUGCUCAAAGCAGACUUGAAGAGGAAUAUGAAAAACCAGUAGAGAGCAACAAAUAUAAGACAGAUGUUGCCAAAAAGGAGGAAGAUGGUUCAGGAGAUGUAGAAGUUGCAAAUUUUGAAGAUGAGGAUCAAAUAUCCGAAAAAAAUACAAAGAAAUCUGCAAGUACAAAAAAGAUUAAAACAAGCUCUGGAAGCCGAGAGCAACAUGCAAAGAAGACAUGGGAAAGUAAGCGGAGAACUAACCUGUCAGUGAAGAAUAUUGAUCCAAAAAGGUGGGCUGAGUUACUGGCAAAAGCACAUGGUAAGACCCCCCAUAAUACAGCUUCUACUUCAACAGAAACAGACAAAAAAAUAUUACCAAUGACCACUAUAAGUGUUUUAACUAGAAAAACUGAAGCUAAUAUUCUGCACUUGUUUAUAACAAGUCCGCAGCCUUCUGCUGUUGUGCCCACGGAGGCAGCAACCUCAAUCAGUUCUCGAACUAUUUUAGAAACGCCUACAGAAUCUGUUCCACCUACAGCUCAUUUCUACAAAAAAACCUUCCCAGUUCUGAAUCCACAUCUUACAGAAGCACCUCUUAUAAAACGAGACAAUAUUACUCCAACUAGCAAUAAAAAAUGGAGUGUGGUGAGGACAGAAAAUGGACAGACACCAUUACAAAGAAGAUUGAGGCCUUCACAGCGCAGAUACCGUCCAAUAUGGCCAUCUCAUGCUCCCAGCAUUCAUUUUCCAAAUGCUGAAAGGCAAAAAAAUAUAGAUCUGAAACCAACAGAGGUCUCUGAGAAAAUUUUGCAGACAACUCCUACAGUUACAAGUAAUGCUUCUCAACACAUUUCAGCCAAGGUUUCUAUAACACCCAAAACAUUUUACAAAAUUGACAUGAGAAAAGAAUCUACACAGACUGAUUCACAAACAACAAUAACUCCAUUGUCAUACGAUGAUUUGAAAAACACUUUCCACAGCUCAUUAACCAGUUUUCAGGAGACUACAACAGCGUCUGUCACAACAAGCCAUGUUGUUCCUUUAUUUCUAGAGAAAUCACACGGAUCUUCAUUAUCAUCCAAAAUGAAACAUCCUGAACUUGGAAACAAGAUGACAGCCAGGGAAGAUAAUGAGUCUUUAGGUUUUUCAGAUAAUAGCAGGAAAAUAGGUCAGCUUUCAAAGCAAAUGAACUUACAAGGUUCCCGUGAUGAGACAGUUUCAGCUAGAUGGCUCAUCCUUCAGACUUCUAGUAACGAGAACAUAAGCCUCCCUACUCUGUCCUCCAUCAGAGAACAGACUUUGUCCUACCUUGAAUUUAAAAAAACCAACAGCAAUCCAAAAUCCUACAUCUACACUCCUUCAGCUCCCACCAAAAGUCUAUUUUUGGCCAAACAAUUUAACAGACUAAGUUCUUCAGUGUCCUCUGUGCAGAGGGCAGUAGUUCAAGAGCCAAAUUUAAGAUUAAGUCAUGUAUCAGGAUCACGAGAGAAAGCUAGAAAAACAUCAGCGAUGGAUCUAAACAUGCACCAAUCAAAAAAUGUUGUGCAAUCUUCUCAACAGUAUAAGCACACAGGGUAUCAAGUUCCCUCUACUAUUAAGCCUUACACCACAGCUUCAUCCUGGGGUCCACCUAACUAUGCACUGUCUAGAUCCUCCAAUCAAGGCUUUAAAGCAUUUCCCAAAUACUUCAACAAAGCCUGGUCAUUUCAUUACUCAGACUUGCAUGGAAAUGGAGUUACGAACCGUCCUGAAAUUACAGCACUAACUGCGAAGCCUGCUCUCACCCCUGUGACUGGCUCUGUAGUUAAGAACUCUGCCUCCGAAGCAACACUCAAGCCAAGAAAUCAGGCAAUGGAUAAUCAGAAGCAAAUCGAAGAAAAAAGCUAUCAAAAGAUUUACUCCAACCCAUCACUUUCUAGGCAGGCAGGUAGGAGUGUUACAGGCCCACCAAGGAUUACCAUUUCAACCCUUUCAAGUCAUUUACAUCCUUGGUACAUUGCAAAAAAUCCAACACGUGCAGCCCCUCAGCCCACUCCAACGCCACCUGCAUCAACAUCAAAUAUAAUGUUUGGUAGUCGUUGGCAUUACAACCACAAGGUGCCAAAAAUGCCAAGUUCAGUACUACAGUUUCCCAACUUUAUGAACAGAGGACUAAAGCCACGUAUCUCUUCAGUUCAUUCCGUGAGUGUGUCUGCUUUGGCAGAAAGUGACAUCCAUCUUCCCUGUGAUGCAUCUGGGGACCCAAAGCCAUUGAUAUCUUGGACCAAAGUUUCCACAGGUGCUACAAUACAAGAGAAUGCCAAAUACGGGAUGAGGUUUGAAGUCUUCCCAAACGGCACGUUCCUGAUUAGAAAUCUUCAGCUACAAGACCGUGGACAGUACCUCUGCACUGCACAGAACCAAUAUGGGUCAGAUCGUAUGGUGAUUACACUUGCCGUGCUGACAAAACCGCCAAAGAUUCAGCUCCCAGGUUCAAAGGAGAUUUCUAUCUUCUUAGGCCGUUCUGUUGACCUGGACUGCAUUGCCAUGGGUAAACCCCAAGCUCAGAUCUCUUGGAUCCUCCCAGACAAGACAUUUCUUCGUGAAGCGAUGACGAUCGAUAACAACGCAAUCCUUCUGCCAAAUGGCACUCUUAGAAUCCAUGCUGCUAAUUUUUCCAGUAAGGGUGACUAUAAGUGCAUUGCCAGUAAUGCAGCAGGUGCUGAUACCAUAAUGUACCACAUCCAUGUUACAGCUAUUCCAUCCACUAUUCAGGAGGCAGCCUCUGAAAAAGUCAUGCUAACAAUGGGCAGGAGCAUCUAUAUUCACUGUACAGCCAGCGGGGAGCCUGAACCCUUCCUCAAGUGGACCAUUCCUAGUGGCAUGCACAUUAAGCCCUCUCAGGUUUUUGCCAGCAGAUUUUUUGUCUUUCCUAAUGGCACCCUCUUUUUGAAAAAUGCUUUACCUAUAGACAGAGGAGUCUACGAGUGCAGUGCCACCAACUCAGUGGGAACCAGUAGAAGACUGGUGCAUCUAGACAUCCAAAGAGAGUCCACAAUCCCCAAGGCAGACGUCUACCAGCAAAACAGAGUUACAGCUGUUUACGGGACAUCAGUUCUUCUUCAUUGUCCAGCGUCUGGAGACCUGCAGCAAGGUGCUCUCUGGAGACUCCCUUCCAAAAAGCUGGUUGAUUCUCGCUACAGCCCAGAAAGACACCUCAAGGUUUUCCCUAAUGGCACAUUACGCAUCCAGGCAAUCACCGAGCAAGACCGUGGAGACUAUGUUUGCAUGUCGCGAAAUCUUAAUGGUGAGGAGACUGUGCUGUUCAGCCUUGAGGUACAGAUGAACCCUCCCAAAAUUGAGCACCAGGGAAGGACCCAAAAGAAAGUCUCUUAUGGGGAGAGGCUUCAAGUGGAUUGUGUGGCCUCUGGAUUACCAGACCCUGAGGUGACCUGGAGCCUUCCGGAUGGCACCAUGAUCAACAAUGCUCUUCAAUCAGAUGACAAUGGGGUACGCUCACGGCGGUACAUCAUAUUUGAAAAUGGAACCCUUUUCAUGAAACAGAUGAGCCUGAAGGAUGAAGGUGACUACACUUGUUAUGCAGAAAACAAGCUGGGAAAGGAUGAGAUGACAGUCAGUGUUAAGGUAGUGCCGGAUCGGCCCAGGAUUUUAUCUAAGGAACAAAUGUUCAUGAGGGGUAGGAUUGGGGAGAGUGCUACCAUGAAAUGUGAUGCCAUUGGAGAACCCAAGCCCAAAAUAAUAUGGCUGUCCCCUGGGAAUUACAUCAUAACCUCAUCCAAUAAAUAUCAGGUGCUAGCAGAUGGCACUUUAGUAAUAAGUAACUUGGGCAGCACUGACCAAGGAACCUAUGCUUGUGUUGCUCGUAACAAUGCAGGAGAUGAUAUAAAGAAUAUAAGGCUGGAAAUUGAUGGCAAAGAACCUGUAAUCAAUCAGCGUGCAGGAAACACAACCAUGAAACUGACAGCUCUGUCCUACCAGGCUAAGAUUCUGGAUUGUAAAGUUGAUGGUGUUCCUGAGCCACAGAUUCAGUGGAUAACAUCUUACGGCAACAUCCUGCCAAGGCCAUAUUUGGGAGGCAGAUUUCAGGUUCACAGCAAUGGCAGCUUAGAGUUGAGGGGCCUGAGAAGGUCAGAUUCGGGACAAUACUUCUGUGUGGCAAGCAAUGAGAUGGGUGAAACAAAGCUAACUGUGGAGCUUGAAGUGAUAGCAACUGCAGAAAGGCCAGGCUUUCCACUGCCUCACAAUAUGGCCAGCAUUCUUAAGCCAGGUAGCAGGGAGAUAAUACUGGAUUGCCUGGCACAUGGCAAACCCGCUCCACAAGUAACUUGGCUUCUACCCAAUGGAACCCAGUUAGCACCAGGUGUCAAGUUCUUAAGGUUUCACCAUUUCAAAGAAAAUGGAGCCCUUCUAAUCCUUAACCCAACAGGCACAGAUGCAGGAACCUAUCGCUGUCUGGCUAAAAACAUAGCCGGACAGGCAGAGAAACGGUAUGUUCUAGAACCAGGAAGGAAGCCUCAACCCCAGGGGAAUACAGGCCUUGUAAGAAUAUCAUAUGGCGAUACCCUAAAUCUGCACUGUUCCUUUGAGGGCUGGCCUCAACCUUCCAUCUCCUGGAUUUUACCCAGUGGCCUAGUCAUGGACAAGCCCCAAGUCAUUGGCCGGGCUUCUUUUCUAGCAAACAGCACUCUGAGUCUCCGGGAAGUGGCUACUUUUGACAGAGGCACCUAUACUUGUAAGGCAUCCAAUGAGUUUGGCAUUUCAUCAUUAUCAAUCCCUGUCAUGGUAACAGUACACCCACCCCACAUUACUAAUGGGCCCCCAUCCAUCUCAAGGAUUAAAAGAGGGUAUCCCAUAUACAUGAAAUGUCAUGCCACUGGCAUACCAAAGCCUGAAAUAUCCUGGACCCUACCAGGUAGGUCCACGCUAGUAGCAAGCAAUCGAUUUGCCAUGCAAGGAGGGAUAUUUAUGACAGCUGACGGGACACUUGUCAUUCAAAGCCCAGCUUUCAUGAACUCGGGGAUUUACAAAUGCAAUGCACGCAAUGCUCUGGGAACAGACUUUAAAGCUACAUAUUUACAAGUGUUAUGAGAUGGGCCAACUCACAACUCAUAAAACAAAGCGUAGAAAUGGAUUUUACCAUAGAGUAUGGUUCUCGGUGGGAAAGAGAUGGACUCUAAAGGGCCACAGACAGUUUAGGCUGAAGGACAUUCAACUAUCUUUUCAAAAACAAUAGUUCAGGGUUUGGUAUUGAAAAUGAAGUACAGUCAGGACGUCGGUGUGGACAAAACUCAAAAAACUGGCAAAGUUUCUCAUAACAUAGCUUUGAAUGCACAAGAUAAACGAUGACCACUAGGAUUUCCCUUUGUCUGAUUUGCAGGGUCAUAUUAAUCCUAUUGUUUAAAUUACCUCUGCACCACUGACAAUGGAAGACUUUGUCCUUUUAAUGAUUUACAGAGUUUUGUCUUUGUUUUACCACCUUGUAAGAUAGCAGUUUCUCUUUUAUUUGUAUUUAUAAAAGACAUUCAGAUGUUAUUGAGCAUCAAUCUGUAAAUAUUAAAAUGUAUA